CCUAUUAUCUUUCAUCUUUUUAGUUGUUCCAAGAUGGAAGCAAGACCAGUUCCUGGAAAUAGGAAGAAGGAACACGUAAGGAAAGUCCUAUUCGAAAAUGCCAUGCAAGGGAAGUGGAAAGCUGUGGUGAAUAUGUACCGUAGAUGGCCCUGGCUGGCCAAGGAAAAGAUCAAUAGAGGAGGCAACACAGCACUGCAUAUGGCUGUCUCUGAUCGCCAAGAAAGGUUUGUUGAACAACUAGUUGAGGUUAUUUUACUCCGGUCUGGAAUGCCCGAGGUUGUUCUACAAAUAAAAAACAAGAAAGGGAAUACCCCUCUCCAUUUGGCAGCAUCACUAGGAAAUGUUUCAAUGUGCAAAUGCAUCCCUUCUCAGCGUCCAGGCCUGGUAGGUGUUCUCAAUGAUGAAGGGGAAACUCCUCUCUUCCUGGCUGCUCGCCAUGGUAAGAUGGAUGCUUUCUUUUGCCUCCUAAGCAGUGAUACCGAAAAAUAUGUUGACACGCGGAACAAAAAAGGUGAAACAGUUCUUCAUUGUGCCAUCAAUAGAGGUCACUUCAAAUUGGCAUCUCUAAUACUUGAGCAGCAUCCAAAUGUUUUUAACACCUUUACUGAGAAAGGAGCCACCCCUCUCCAUGUCUUGGCAAACAAGCCUGGUGCAUUCAGAAGUGGAACCUACCUCAGCCUAUUGGACAAAUUGAUUUAUCAUUGCGUACUUGUUCACACAUCUCCCAACUGGUUUACAGCCCUUCAGAACAAGAUUUGUAGAACAGCAUCAACUAGAAACUUGAAGAAGUUCCAAUACACAUAUGAAGAAGAGAACCCUCCACAGCUCAUGACUGAGAUCCUCGAAGUUGAAGAAGAAUCCAGUAUCAUCCCCAAUGAAGCUCGCAAGGACGAAAGCAGGAAUUAUAAUACUUGCUUGGGCUUCAUAAGGGGUAUCCUCAGCCUUCUAAACAAAGCAAUGAGGAGUAUCCUAUUCUUCUUGGGGAUGGGGCUAAGUUAUAUACACAAGAUAAAGAAGAAGAAAGAAACAAACAUUUGGUCUAUUAAGGUUAUGGACCAACUACUGAACCUUGAAGGAACUCAAAUAUGCGACUAUGAUAGAGCUGGAUGGAAUCCCCUCUAUUGUCAAAGGACAACGGCUAACUAUAAUACGGAUAGUGAAGAGGAAAAUAAACCAGAACAAGACGAGGAAACUGGCCUGCCCAAUUACGAAGAUUUAUCAGCAACAGAUUCAGGUGUUUUGGGAAAGAACCACGGAAAGCAAGGAAAGGGAGAUGAAGGUAUACUGACAAAGGAAGGAAGCUCCCAGAAGGCAGAAAGAGAUGAAGGUACUUUCGAAGAGAACCAGAAAAGGAACAGAAGCUCGGAGGAAGAUUCUAAUUGGGCUCUACUGCUCAGGCUGGGUAAAGCUGGCCUCCGCGCUGAUCCAAUAAUUGUAGCAGGCAAAGCUGCCAAAAAACUGGAUGAUGAACUUUGUAUGGAGACGGAGGAAAAAAAUGACGAGAUGGGAAGAGUGGAGACACCAAUAUUACUUGCAGCAAAGAAUGGUAUCACGGAAAUGGUGAAGGAAAUCCUUGAAAUUUACCCCUUAGCCAUUCAUGACACUGACUUGGAGGAGAAGAAUGUAGUGCUAUUAGCGGUGGAGAAUAGGCAUCACCAUGUCUAUGAGCUCUUAUUGAAGACGAAUAUUCUGAAAGAUACUGUGUUUGGGGCAGUGGAUAGAAAUGGGAACAGUGCACUGCAUCUUGCUGCCAUGGUACCAGAUAAUCGGCCUUGGCUCAUUCCUGGUGCUGCAUUGCAAAUGCAAUGGGAAGUCCUGUGGUAUGAGUAUGUUAAGAGAUCCAUGCCGCCACAUUUCUUCCCUUCCCACAACAAAUUCAACGAGACUGCAAAGCAGAUUUUCACACGCGACCAUAAAGAUAUGGUGCAAAAGGGUAAAGAAUGGCUGGGUAGCACAGCCACUUCAUGCUCGGUGGUGGCUACGCUCAUUGCAACCGUGGGCUUCGCCACAUCAAGUGCUGUACCAGGUGGCACCAGGGAAGGGAGCGGAAAACCCAAUCUUGAGCAGCAGCCAGCCUUUCAUAUCUUUGCAGUUUCAUCACUUAUUGCUCUUUGCUUUUCGGUCACCUCCACUGUCAUGUUUCUUGCCAUUCUCACAUCUAGGCAUCAAGAAAGCGAUUUUGGGCAAGACUUGCCCAUAAAGCUUUUGAUAGGACUAACCUCCCUUUUCAUAUCCAUAUUGUCUAUCUUGGUUACUUUCUGCGCAGGCCACUUCUUUCUGCUCAAAGAUGAACUCAGUGUUGCUGCACUCCCAGUGUAUGCGGUAACAUGCCUGCCAGCUACAUUUUUUGCUCUAGCCCAGCUACCAUUAUACAUUGAUCUCAUAUGGGCUACUUUUAGAAAGGUGCCACAGCGUUGGAAGGAGGAAGCUGACUAGGGUUUCAUGAUUUUACAUUCUAUUGUGAUUUUUUUUUCCCUUGGUUGAUUCCUAGAAUAGCCACGCUUUUGAUGGCCAGGGGUUCGGUUUGGCUCCUGUUUUUCUUAUUUUGCGUGGAAAUGUCUGGUCAAAAAGAAAAGAAAAGAAAAUCUUCUGUUGUCAUAGUAAUGUUCCUUCUACUUUUUUUUAUAUCCAUUUUCAAUGGGAUAAACUUUAUCUUUAUGACCGGUCAAGAAACAAAACAAAAUAGAAAAGUGAGCACAGGACCUUCUUUUUCUUUUCA